GUUAGGGCGGGGGCAUACAUAUAGCAGUGUGAAAGCUAUGGUUUAAUGGUGGUACCCAUCUUUUUGGGAAUUGUAAUAUUCAGCACAGUGUCUACUCUUUACCACAAUGAUAAACCACAAGUGCCCGUAGCUACUUUUUAAUUUUGCGCGUUCCCGUAACAGUGUCCGCCAUUUUGAUAAAAAAAUAUGACAGCAUCCUUGUCUGUCUUGCUGCAAUCUUGAGGGUAAAAGCGACAAUUAAUUUACUGGCGCUGGGAUUGAUUGUACUAUACACGGGUGGAAGGGUCAGGCAGCCACCGGUGAGCUGUCAAAGAAACACUCGCCAGAUUACUGACAGAUUUGGUUGAUGGGGCGUGCAGCUCCAAUUGACUGGCUUGGAAUAUAAACAAACUGCUCAACUAGCUACUUUAGCAGACUGACACUGACGCCCUGGAGCUAAAUGACAAGACAGUUUAUCGGUGUGUGUGUGCCAAUGGUGUGAGUGUGUAUUCAUCCAUGCAGAUGACCAUUCCUUCCUGGGUCUAUGAGACAAAUGACUGAAGAGAUCUGACCAAGCACACAAAUUACUUAGCUGCAGCCAUGUUCUGGAAGUUUGACCUGCACAUGUCAUCCCAGCUAGAGGCCCUGCUGGAGAAGGAUGAUGUCACACUCACUGAGCUCAUGGAGGAGGAGGACGUACUGCAGGAGUGCAAGGCCCAGAACCGCAGGCUGCUUGUCUUCCUGUCCCAGGACACCAGCAUGCAGGAGCUGCUGCACCUCAUCACCACAGAGCCCCCUGCUGGCCUGGAAGAAACAAAACGUUUUAAGCACCCUAACAUAGCGUGUGAGCUGCUGACGAGUGAUGUGGGGGUGAUAAAUGAUAAGCUGGGUGGAGAGAAGCCCCUGCUGGAUACCCUGUACUCUUUCCUGGAGCAGCCCCCUCCCCUCAACCCCCUUCUUGCAUCCUUCUUCAGCAAGACCAUCGGAAACCUCAUCACACGCAAGACCGAACAGGUGGUCUCCUUUCUGCGGGGAAAGGAGGGUUUCCUGGGUCUGGUCCUGAAUCACAUCAACACAUCAGCCAUGAUGGACCUCCUGCUACGCCUCAUCAGCUGUGUAGAGCCUGCUCCUCUCAGACAGGACACACUCAACUGGUUAAAUGAAGAGCAGCUGGCCCAGAGGCUUAUAGAGCUCAUCCACCCUGGGAAAGACGAGGAGAAACAGUCAAAUGCAUCCCAGACUGUGUGUGACAUCAUCCGUCUGAGCAGAGACCAGGCCAAUCAGCUCCAAGAGAACUCUGAGGCUGACCCUCUGCUUGCCGUUCUGGAGUCGCAGGAGUGUGUGGGUCAGCUGCUGGACAACAUGUUUGUGGGAGAGAGGACAGAGAGCUGUAUCAUCUGUGGAACUCAAAUCCUUCUAACCUUACUGGAAAUCAGGAGGACGGGGGUGGAGGGUAUGUUGGAUGUGUGUGUUCAGGGGCAUGAGAGGUGUGUCAACAGUAGCAUCCUGCAGGCCAUCCAACCCCACCUCACACACUACCACCAACUACUGCUGGAUCCGCCCAGGGUGACCCCCAUGCUUACCAGUCUAGGUGUGUUGGAGGUGCCACUGGGUAACUGUCGUCUCCAUGUGGCCAAACUGAUGGCCUCUCUGCUACAGACCACUAACACCAGUUAUUACAUCUGUUGUAACAACACCAUUUAUAACAACACCGUCACACUGGAGCUCUGCAGACUCAACACCAUAAACAUUCUACUGGACCUGUUCUUUAAGUACACCUGGAACAACUUCCUGCACUUCCAAGUGGAGCUGUGUGUGGCAGCCAUCCUCAGCCACUCUGCCCAGGAGCAGAGGCCCCUGGUUACCCAGGAAAAUCCCAGGCUUCAGCAGGAGCCCCAGGAGAAGCAGGCCUCGCCUGGCCCCACACUCCCACUGCCCUCUGUCCCUCCCGACAUCUCCACACAUAACCCACUGGUGACCCAUUUGUUUCAGGACUGUCGUCUGGUUCAGAGGAUAUUGGAGGCCUGGGAGGAGAAUGAUAAGAUGCAGGCGGAGGGGGGCAUGAGGAGAGGCUACAUGGGUCACCUGACUAGGAUCGCCAAUACUGUAGUCUGUAGCAUGGAGAAAGGAACAGUACACAGCCAGAUCAGCAGCCUUAUUACAGAGCUGCUUGUGGAUUGCAAGGGGCGCUGGGAGACCUUUGUAGACCAGGCCCUGACAGAGAUCAACAAGAAGAACACUGUAGACCUGGUGUCUCACAACCUGCGCUCCUCCAGUGAAGACGAUGACAGACAGAGUCCCUUCCCCAAAGAGCUGUCACUGCAACAAACAUUCUCAGACUACCAGAUCCAGCAGAUCACUGCUAACUUUGUGGAUCAGUUCAGCUUCAAUGACGACGAGUUCUCAGAACACGGCGACAACAUCAACGCCACCUUUGACCGGAUCGCAGAGAUUAACUUCAACGUGGACACAGAGGACACUGCUAAGACUGCAGCAUUUGAGGCCUGCACUAAGGAGAAGAUCCAGUCGUUUGAUGACAACGAAGAGGAAGAUAUCUGGGAGGAGAGAGAGAUCAACUAUACUACACACACCAAGUCUAGGACCAGGUUUGGGGGGUCACGGACGUCUGUUGGAGCGGCUCAGAGUGAUGGGGUGAGCGAUACUCCUGAUAGCUCAACAGGUUCUGAAACGGAGGAGUGGGAGGUGCCUAGUGAGGUCACAGGUCAGACGGAACACAGCAAGAACAUCAGCCAGACUGAGACUGCACAGAGUAAGGAUGAAUAUUUGAACCCAGGCCCUGGCUGGGCGGCUAGUUUCGGGGAGGUGAACUCGAAGUCACCCUCUCCUGGAGUGGGCGUGGAUCCAUGGGCUAACCCCACCCCCAAGUCUGGAGUGGUCGUAGACCCAUGGGGUAGCCCUGCCCCCACACCUGGAGUGGGCGUAGACCCAUGGGGUAGCCCCGCCUCUAAAUCAGGAGUGGGCGUAGACCCCUGGGGUAGCCCCACCCCCAAGUCCGAAGUGGGCGUAGACUCAUGGGACAGCCCUGCCCCCAAGUCAGAAGUGGGCGUGGAUGCAUGGGGCAGCCCCGCCCCCCAACCCAUAACUGCAGAGAAGGGCUGGGCCAAGUUCACUGACUUUCAGCCCUUCUGCUGUUCAGAGACAGGUCCGAGGUGCACUUCUCCAGUAGACUCAGAGAUCUGUGGGUCAGACAAAACAAAACCCAGCCAGGACAAGAACUCUUGUGUGUGGAGUGUGUGUGUGGCAAGGAAGGCUCCCCUGGUAGCAUCAGACAGCUCUUCAUCAGGAGGCUCAGAAAGUGAUGAAGAGGACAAAACUGAAUCUGUUACUAUGGAGACGGUAUCCAAGGAAAUGGUCACUACAGAGACCGUUGUCACAACAGCCGGACGGGAGACCAUCAGACUUAGGAUGGACGCCAAGAACGAGAGAGCUGUCUUCACCAGUGAGGCUGACAUGAGAGAGAAAGCGAAGAUGAAGGAGAAAGAGAGGGUGAUGGGUGGAGGAGACCCUGUCAAUGCCACCGCUGCUCCCCUCAGAAUUCGGUCUGCCACCGUCACAAAGUAAAGACACACCAUCCUUGGCAAACGGACCAGCCUAGUACUACGGUACCACGACACACACAUACACACUCCAUUCCCUAGCAAACUCUUAACACACUUCCCAACAACACUCCAUGCCAUGCAACAUCCUGUAUCGUGAGCAGUGCUGCCCUGUCAUAGGUCUGUGUCUAGGACAUCUACGGUGGCUGAGAGAGUCAAAAAGCAGAAGAGAAAAGCCAUUCCCGGAAGCCAAACCACAGCUCCUAAACACAACAGUUUAUAAACAGAGUCAUGUGAUGUUUUGUCCCUGCCCUUCUGCUGUAGUCUCUCCUACACACCUAUCACCACACUGCGACGUGUGUGUGAUCCAGCUUUAUGUAGUCUUGUUAGUUCUUGGCUCAGCCGGGUUUUUUUACAGUAAGUAGAGAAGACGCUCCAUUCCCACUAGUCACAUCAUCAGCACAGAGUAAAGUCUGAGGCCUGGGGAGGAGGGGAAUGAGUAGUCACUACUGACUGUAAGGUCUUCAAAGACAACAUGUGUUCCUAGUUUUUAUUUAUUUGACUCAAAUCAUUUCAGCAUAGAAAAUCCAGCCUGAUUAUGAAAAUGCCCCACUAUCUUUCUCCCUCUCUGUGUGGACUAUUCCGUCUGUUCUCCCUCUCUGUGUGGACUAUUCCGUCUGUUCUCCCUCUCUGUGUGGACUAUUCCGUCUGUUCUCCCUCUCUGUGUGGACUAUUCCGUCUGUUCUCCCUCUCUGUGUGGACUAUUCCGUCUGUUCUCCCUCUCUGUGUGGACUAUUCCGUCUGUUCUCCCCUCUCUGUGUGGACUAUUCCGUCUGUUCUCCUCUCUGUGUGGACUAUUCCGUCUGUUCUCUCUCUGUGUGGACUAUUCCGUCUGUUCUCCCCUCUCUGUGUGGACUAUUCCGUCUGUUCUCCCUCUCUGUGUGGACUAUUCCGUCUGUUCUCCCUCUCUGUGUGGACUAUUCCGUCUGUUCUCUCUCUGUGUGGACUAUUCCGUCUGUUCUCCCUCUCUGUGUGGACUAUUCCGUCUGUUCUCCCUCUCUGUGUGGACUAUUCCGUCUGUUCUCCCUCUCUGUGUGGACUAUUCCGUCUGUUCUCUCUCUGUGUGGACUAUUCCGUCUGUUCUCCCUCUCUGUGUGGACUAUUCCGUCUGUUCUCUCUCUGUGUGGACUAUUCCGUCUGUUCUCUCUCUCUGUGUGGACUAUUCCGUCUGUUCUCUCUCUCUGUGUGGACUAUUCCGUCUGUUCUCUCUCUCUGUGUGGACUAUUCCGUCUGUUCUCCCUCUCUGUGUGGACUAUUCCGUCUGUUCUCCCUCUCUGUGUGUAUGUGUGGGAGAUUUGGAAAAUAUAUUCUCAGGUUAAAAGAGCAGUUCUGUGGAUGUGAUGAAAGUACACCUGUGUGACGUCACACACAGCAUGAGUACACACACAUACAGCGUGAUUAUUCACACACACACGACACACACAAAGCGUGAGGCAUACACACACGCCACUUCGUGAGUGUAUACACACACACACCCAAACACAUAGUUUGCGGAGACAGAAGCACUCACACCCUUCCAUAUCACCCCUCCACAGAGCUGUGUAAAUGUAAUAUUGUGACCUUUGAACCUUUUAUUAGGUUGUGGUAUAAUGUAAACGUAUUAUAAUGUAAACAGUAUAUAUAUAUAUAUAAACACGUAUCUAUUUUUGGUAUCAAUUCAGAUGUAUCGGAAAGCGGAUGUUUAGCAGGUUGCUGUGUGUGUGUGUGUGUGUGUGUGUGUGUGUGUGUGUGUGUGUGUGUGUGUGUGUGUGUGUGUGUGUUUAUAAUGUUGAAAUGAGGCAAUAAUGACAUCUGUGUUGUUAUGGUUUUUACCCCAGCAUCAGACCCUGAAGCCCUGCUACGUGCUUCCUCCUGGGUGGGUGGGUACAUGUAUGUAUAUGUUUAGUGUAUUGGAAAUGUCUUCCAUAUACAAUUCCUCAUGCUAUAUCAUCUUAUCAGUAUCUAAAGCGCUCUCUGCCCCUUCUUUCUCUCUUUUAGAGCCUGUCAUUCAGGUAUGACUUGGUGAAGCUAGUUUCUGUUGUGUGGUUUUAUGUUUAAAGCACUUUGUGAUGGUGGGCAGAACCACCAAGGGUUUUUACUCACAAGUGAGGAAGAGGUUUGACUUAAAGGAAUCAGGGAGUUAUUACAAAAUCUUAAUAAUAUUUGUAUGUGAUAUGACGAUUUGAUCUACCUAUUGUGAUGCCAAAGUGGGCUAGAGACUAAUGAAAUUGGCUAGAUUUGGGAAAGGGAUCCACCCUGAUUCAGGGUCUGAUAAAGCUAACCAGAGUUACGUCAUACCUUCACUGCAUCUGACCCAUACAACACCGCACGCUGCAUCUGACCCAUACAACACCGCACGCUGCAUCUGACCCAUACAACACCGCACACUGCAUCUGACCCAUACAACACCGCACGCUGCAUCUGACCCAUACAACACCGCACGCUGCAUCUGACCCAUACAACACCGCACGCUGCAUCUGACCCAUACAACACCGCACGCUGCAUCUGACCCAUACAACACCGCACACUGCAUCUGACCCAUACAACACCGCACACUGCAUCUGACCCAUACAACACCGCACGCUGCAUCUGACCCAUACAACACCGCACGCUGCAUCUGACCCAUACAACACCGCACGCUGCAUCUGACCCAUACAACACCGCACGCUGCAUCUGACCCAUACAACACCGCACGCUGCAUCUGACCCAUACAACACCGCACGCUGCAUCUGACCCAUACAACACCGCACGCUGCAUCUGACCCAUACAACACCGCACGCUGCAUCUGACCCAUACAACACCGCACGCUGCAUCUGACCCAUACGUGUGCGUGCUCUCUGUAGUCAGAGGCCUUUUAUUAAGGGUUCUGAUGCUGGCGGUCCCUUUUCUGUAUAUGUAAUUGUGUGUGUUACUGUUGUCAAACCUAGCCUGUAAAUUCAGAUAUCAAAUUAAUAAAUAUGUCAACCAUCAA